GCUGCGCGGCCUGAGCCCGGGCGGUGCCCGCGGGUCCCGCGGCCGCAUGAGCCGCGCGCGGGGGGCGCUGUGCCGGGCCUGCCUCGCGCUGGCCGCGGCCCUGGCCGCGCUACUGCUGCUGCCCCUGCCACUGCCCCGCGUACCGGCGCCGGCCCCCGCCCCUGCCAGGGCUCCCAGUCCGAGCCCCGGCCGGCGGGGGUCCCCAGCCCGACCCGCCUCCGUCCCCCGCCUGCGGCCGGACGACGUCUUCAUCGCUGUCAAGACCACCCAGAAGAACCACGGGCCACGCCUGGGGCUGCUGCUGAGCACCUGGAUCUCCCGGGCCCGCCAGCAGCUCCAUUCGGGUCCCCCUGGGGCCUCACAGGUUGUCUCUCCCCAGACCUUCAUCUUCACGGACGGGGAUGACCCUGAACUGCAACUCCGGGCAGGCAGCCACGUCAUCAACACCAACUGCUCGGCCGUGCACACCCGUCAGGCCCUGUGCUGCAAGAUGGCCGUGGAAUACGACAAGUUCAUCGAGUCCGGACGCAAGUGGUUCUGCCACGUGGACGACGACAACUACGUGAACCCCAGAGGCCUGCUGCGGCUGCUCUCCACCUUCUCGCCCAGCCAGGACGUCUACCUGGGCCGGCCCAGCCUGGACCACCCCAUCGAGGCCGCCGAGAGGGUCCCGGGAGGGGGCACCGUGACCACCGUCAAGUUCUGGUUCGCCACGGGCGGAGCCGGCUUCUGCCUGAGCAGAGGCCUCGCUCUGAAGAUGAGCCCCUGGGCCAGCCUGGGCAGCUUCAUCAGCACCGCCGAGCGGGCGCGGCUGCCGGAUGACUGCACCGUGGGCUACAUCGUGGAGGGGCUGCUGGGCGCGCGCCUGCUGCCGAGCGCGCUCUUCCACUCGCACCUGGAGGACCUGCGGAGGCUGCCGCCCGACGCCGUGCUGCGGCAGGUCACCUUGAGCUACGGGGGUCCAGAGAACCCACAUAACGUGGUGAACGUCGGGGGCUUCAGCCUGCAGCAGGACCCCACACGGUUCAAGUCUGUCCACUGCCUUCUCUACCCAGACACGGAUUGGUGUCCAAUGCACAAGCAGAGUGACCUCAUUGCUCGGUGACCCUGGACUCCCAACCCAGGGAGCAGGACCGUUGCUGACCCUUUCCGCUCUCGGCUCUCUUAGCUGGCCACAGCCAUGUCCAGGGAGAUGGGGUGCUGCAGGCUUCCCCCAGAGCGCCCCCCCAGAGCCCCUGGUGGGCCAGGUGACCGAGCUCUCUGGGUGAGUGGCCUGCCCCCGCACCAGGGGUCCAGGCUGUGCGUGUGCCAGCUGCCGCAGAGAGCGGGAGGUGUAAUGUGGGUCCUCCCAGCGCAGCCCCCGAGGUGUGCUCCCGCAGGAAAGGGUCUGCUCUGGGACCUAGCGGCUUGGGAGGAGGCUGGCUUCUGCUCCCAGGGCCCCACCCUGCCCUCCUCACCCUGCUGGAGAGGGGGUUCCGGGCAGACUAGGCUCACUGAGUGGGUUCCAGGCCCAGGGUCGUGCGUGGGCUCCGUCAGCAGGCCAUCCGUGGGCACGGAGGCUGCACCAGCAGGCCUGGAGCGGGGACCCGGCUGGUCUCUGAAGGCGCUGCAGUAAGGCCUCCGGCCAGCGAGCUCAAAACCCGGCUUAAUUCUGCCCCGGGCAUCGCCACCUGGAGGCCGCCUCACCGGGUCUCUUCAGCCAAGGCCUUCAUAUCUCUCCACUCCGACCCACCACUCCAUGCUUUUCUUCCCUGACCUCGCCCCCUGCCUCAAGUCCAGAAAGCAGCAGGGCCCUUCUGUUCUGGGCUCCCCCUGCAGGGCGGUGCCCCCCACCCCUGCAGCGGACCCGCCUUAACUGUGCCUUUCCGUGGAAGAGAGAGCGGAAUGAGAGAACUCGGCACUUUCGCCCUGGCUCCUGGCUGCGCAGUUGCUGGAAGUGAAUAAAGGGGUGAUUGUUA